UCACUGGUAUGAGUGUACACAUCUCAGCAAGGAACUAAACCAAGUGGGGCAAGGUGGAAUACACACUGCUGUCUACAAGUUGCUCUAGGACAUAUAUUUGAAGAUCAUUGAGUCAAAGGAAUACAGAUACUUGGAGUGUUACCAUGGAUACCAAAUGAUGUCAUAUAUAACCUGGAUACAAGAAAUAUAGAUGUGACAUUGACAGGUGGGUGUGAUGUUUCCAACGGUGAAUGCUUGAUCUAUGUCACAAGACCUGCUGGAGGAAGUACACACAGAUCACAUGACUUGCCUGUCGUAGGAGGGCGAUGACAGCAUUAUGACAGUAACAGGCCUGAGAGCUAAGACGGUAUGACAGUUGAAGUCUGUGCAGGAAGAUGAUACGUGUCUUGUGCCUCCCACUGCUAGUGAAUAAAGGAUUUAUACACUUCACUUUCGUCCCAUGACCUAGUGCCACAGUGAUUGGUGUUUUUCUCAGAAGGAGGAUUUGCUACAAAAAGGGGAUUGUUUCCUUGUGUUUUCUUGUUGGAUAGUUUGAAUAGUGGACUCUGUGUGUUAAAUAUCCAUUUUACAAUGUUUGAUGCUUGUGAGGUGUCAUGUGAUUUAAGUAUGGUUGCUAGGAGACAAUGAUGGAGUUAAAAGUUUGGGUGGACGGGAUCCAGCGAGUGGUGUGCGGAGUUACUGCAGAUACCACUUGCCAGGAUGUCGUCAUAGCACUUGCUCAUUCUAUGGGCCGCACCGGUCGAUUUACUCUUAUCGAGAAGUGGCGUGAUGUGGAAAGACCUUUGACCCCUGGAGAGCACCCUUUAAAGGUGUUGCACAAAUGGGGAGAAUAUUCAUCAGAGGUGAAACUAUUUUUGUGUCAGUCUGAAACGGAAAAACUUAAACAGAGAGAUCGACAUAAACAACCGGACAGAUUCUCACACAACUUCUCCCCGCCAAAAACACAUUCGGAAAAUGUCGUCAAACGCAAUCUGACAUUCAGUGGUGCCCACAAUACUUCAUCCAGUCGUUGCAGCCUUAGCCCUGCAAACUUGAAACGAGGAACUUUGUUAGAGAAUGGCAUCAGUCCUCGGUCAUCAUCUCAUUCUUCAACCUCAUCAACGAGGUCGUCGCCCCACCCUGUGCCAGCACCAAGACAGAACUCCCCCGGAAACCUACCGAGACCAGCACCCAGGCACUCCCCACUUCUCAAUGGUCAAAUACCAGCCCUACCAAGCAAACCAAGUGUUGUUCGUCAGCUACCAUCCAGGUCUAUAAAUAACCUGUCGCCAGCCAAUCACCAAUUAUCAGUGUCAACUUUUGACCAAAACAGGGGAAGAUCACCCUCUCCAAACACAUAUAGACGCAAUUCACCAUCGCCCAAUUCCUAUGGGAGAGAUUCCCCAAUACACCAUAAGCUGGAUUCUUCACCCACUCGAUAUAGCACUUAUAGUAACUUGAACACAAUAACAGCAGAGGAACAUACCUUAGAUAGCCCAAGACAUUCCCACCAGGGGAGUACAGAUCUAGAGGAGUAUGACUUAGACGUUAAUUUUCCUGAUAUUUUACGGGAUUCAAAGUGUCCAGAGAGGACGGCAGUGCACACGGAGUACCGACUAGAUGACCCACAAAGCAAUCAACCAGAACCAGAGAAGGCACGACUCUUACGUCUUGUGUCGAUGCAGAAGGAAAGGUUAAAAGUACAAGAAUCUCAACUGGAUGUCAUAGAAACUGAGAUUGUGUCGCUGGAAGAGAAGGAGAGCGAGUAUGAGAAUGACUUUCAUAAGUUGACAAAUGACCUUGUUCAGUUGGAGCAGAGGGAACAUGAAGAUGAAGUCGAAUUAACUGAGAUUUCAUCAAUUCAGUGGAUAGAUGUUCUUGAUGUUGCACAGAAAACUGAAAAGCGUCUUCAUGGUGAGAUGAGCGAUCUCAAAGUGAGACUGGCUGAGCUAGAGACUCAGCUGUCAUCGCAGCAGGCACGAUUGACGGAGUUGGAUGGAGAGGUUGUGACAGCGCAGAAAGCAAGAGAAGAACGAGAGAAAGAAGCAGAACGAUUGAGACAGGCAAAAGAGACCCAGUGUAAGUCAGACAUGGAAGGAGUGAACAAGGAACUUCAGAAGGUGGAGGACGAACAGGAGAAGGGAAAGAAGGAACUGGAGGAGUUGGAAGGAGAGAUUGCCAAAGUGGAAAAGUUGCUCAAAGUGAAAGAGACCGAGUUUGAAGAUCUUGAGGGAGAUCUGAAACAGGUCAACUUGCAAGAGUUUGGUACUCAGUCUCUAUCCCCAACUCAUGGCAAGUCAGCAGACAGUGGAGAGACUGUGUUGAAGAUCCUGGAGGGGCGCCUCUCCCCCCGCCCGUCCAUCAGCCCCAGCACCCCCACACAGCAGGCCUUCAUCAACGCCCUGGCCAGCAAGAACCCCAACGGAGUCUGGGUGUAGUAGUCCCUGGAACUCACAAGGGAUGCAAUACCACUACUGCUUGGUAUGAGUGUUGCCUCUAGCAUUGCAUGCACUGCUACACAUGCAGGAGUCAAGCAUGGGAGUCCCUGUUGUCAUGCACGGGAGUCCCUGUUGUCAAGCAUGGGAGUCCCUGUUAUCAUGCAUGGGAGUCCCUGUUGUCAAGCAUGGGAGUCCCUGUUGUCAUGCACUGAUAACAAGGAAGUGCAGUUCCUCACAAGUCUAGUGCUAAGGGUUUAUUCUAAGUUACCAAGUGUACAUUGCAUUCCCAUGGGCGCCAUACAAACAUUGCAGUACUUGCUGUGAAGUGCUGAACCUAUGGCAGCACCAUGCCUGCAAUAGGACCUGUAGAUGUACAGGUUCCACAAUGUGAUCAUAGCUGUAGGAGUGAUGGGAGCCUGGUACUAUACAUGAACUGAUGAUAGUCGGAGCAGAUGCGUUGUGGAUUGGGCUGUCAUCACGACUCUUCCAGUCCCUCCCUGAUGUGGGGGAUAAACAACUGGUGGAGGCUGCGGUUGUUGUUGCUCAUUCAUCAGUGACAAUGAGCUCAAUCAUCAGAGAUCAUCAUCAGAGAUCAACAGAGAUCAUCAUCAGAGAUCAACAGAGAUUAUUCAGUAGUGAUUCUUUAAAGAACAUUCAGAGGAGAUUCAAUGCAAAUCAUCAACAGAGAUUACUCAUAAGAGGUUCUACUGAGAUCCUUCAAAGAGAUUCAACAGAGAUCAUUUAAUUAGAGUUCCUUAGAAAUAAUUCAUCAGUGAUUCACAAAAUACCCAAGAGAGUGUACAGACUUACCUUUCUGUGCGGAGGUAAUGGGACCCUAACACAUACUUCAGUAUCUUCUUCAUCACUGUCAUACAAUCUUACCCAAGACUUGCGUUUGUCUAUUUUACCUAUAUCUGCUCCUGCCUCAAGUGGGGAACAUGGUUGCCUGCCCUUCGACCCGGCCUCUAAGCAUGAUGGGUAAAAGUUUUACCGUAAAACUAUCUUACAACUGGUUGUGAACUAUACCUACGCUCAUUAACAAUAUGUUACACCUGGGAUACAUCUGUAUGAAUUGUUAUCCACUAUGUGACUAACACAGAGGGGCCUAUUUUUGUAUCUUGUUGCAGAUGAAGUGAUAUAUAUGGAGUAUGAGUGGUGUGAAAAGGAGCCAUUUGUUGGAGAUACCAUUGAAUAUGACUUAAAAGCAUUUAUUUUCAAUUUUGUGUCUUCAUAUGAGCAAGGUAGGAUGGGUGUCGACAUUUUCAGCAUGUAAUUAGUAUGCAUCAUACAGUAAGAGAUAGUGGAAGCCUUUGCACAAACUGCUAUUGGUGCUAACGCUAUUAUAAGUUUUUGUCUUAUGAAAGGAGAUACUUUGUAGUUUGGGCAUUUAUGGACUGUGAUUGCAAACUUUGACUUUUUUGUUAAUAUGAACAUUUGAAAAAUAGCCUAUUGUUUCAGUGCAUAUAGCGAGUGGAAUUGAAAAUCUUCAAAAUAUCAUUCUGAGAAUUGUCUUGUAUCAUUUAAGCAAGUCAAAUUUGACCAAUUAUUACAACUAUUUUUCUUUUGAUUAUGGUUUAAUAAUCAAAUUAUAAAUCAUUAAUAUAUCAUCAGAAAAAUGUAAAGGUUUACAUUUUGAAUUUUGCACAAGAAAUUAAAGGAGUUAAUUAUUUUUGGGUAGUUGAUGAGAACAGCAUAGUUAUUGUAUCAUGAAGUUGUGAAUGGAAGGCUUACCCUCACAGAUGACUUGAUUUGGCUACUGCAGCCAAGGGCAGCUUUUCUUAGUUUACCUAAAUCUUUCUUCAACUUGUUUCCAAAGUGCUAACAGUUUAUGAAAUAUUCAGAUUGUUUUGCAUCAUAACGACAGGACGCUGAACUUUUAUAUGACUUGCCCAUAUUAUUAUCAUGUCCCCUGUGCCAGAUAUAUCAAUGUCAAAGAAAACACUGCAUUUCAAUUCAUUCAACUUCUAAACAUUCCUAUUGAAUGAGCCUCGUGUCAAAUAUGAUAUAUUCCAUCAGAACACGUGUUGACCAAAAAACAUCAUCGCAGAUUACUUUUCUCCAUUAACUGGUACCAUUUCCAGCCUUAUUGCUAAAAGUGGUGUAAAACCAUACUCACUCACCCACCCACAGUCGGAAGUUGGCUGUUUUGAUCAAAGCCAAUUUUGUUGUCAUCUAUGUACAAAUACAGUGAAAUCCUGCAUGUUUUCACUGUUUGGUUUGAAACCGAACUUUCGAGAUUAUCAAUGUUUGCAAUGUCUACCUGAUACAAAGGGGCAUAACUCCAAACAGUGGUUUGUUGAGGCCAGACUAUUUUUUCAGAUUUUCAUCCCCAUGCCUCACUAAGAGUUUCUUGUCCCCUGUGUUCUUUCCCUUGCCCAUUUCUUGAUGAAAUACACCAUAUGUACGUAGUUCUACCAAACAUCCCUGCCUAAUAUGAAUCACAUCUAUCUACAGUUAAUAUGUACACAAUAGCCUUGUAAAAUGUAAAAUAUCAUUCAAAGAAAGUAAAUAAACCUACAUAUGGGAUGGUGUGAAAUAGGAGAGGACAUAAUUUGGGGAGACCAACUCCAUUUGUAAUUGUAUUUACAUCAAAUAUUUUAUUUUUUUUUUGUCUCAAAGAUUUAAUUCAAUAAUUUAUUUCAAGUCGCAAGAGAAGUCAAGAAUCUCGACUAAUGAAUCUGGUGAUUCUGAGAAUGUUUGUUUGUUUGUUUGUAAUGUCAAUGACCAUGCAUUCUUUGCUGAUGGGGUUAGGUACUGCACCGGCACCAAUGUUGACUUAACAGGUUUCUAUUUCUGUUGUAAACUGAAUUGUCUUUCUUGAUGACCUUGACCUGUGACACUCUUGUCAUGCACACUAAAUGACCAAGUUAAGGGGGAUUGUGUUAGAAUUCAUAAGUAGUGUAGACUUAUCGCUAGCUUCUGACGAAAAAUGUUAUUUGAAUAUUGACAUAAUAGCCGAAAAUAUGAUCUCACGUUAAAUAGUUAAAAAUAUUAUGAUGUGGAUAUUUGUGAUAAAUUUGUUAUUUAUCAAAUUCUGGAAACCUUAAAAAUUCAGUGCUUAUGAAGAUAUAUGUUUUUAUAUCAAUAGCAGAUGAAACAUGUGAUGUAGCAGUAUAAAGCGAGUUCAAUUCAAGGAGUGUAUUUGUAGCGACAGAUCGGUCAAAGGGGGGUAACUCAUGUAGUUGUUUGAGUAAAACUUUUAAACAGCUUUAUUGACCAUUAAUGAGAGUUUCUUUGAAACCAGCAUCAUUACUGUCAGUUUAGACUAGAAACCAGUCCUGUUUUGCUGACAUGCAUUUUGUAUCCUUAGCUCAAUUUAAAUUGUUUUAAUCUUUUUAAUAAGUUUCCAAUGUCCAUGAUCCUAUUGUGACAAAUAAGCAAGUCAUUUUAUAGCAUUUUACUUAAUUGUACAUAAAACAAAUCUUUGCUGUUUACAUGAUAUUGUUAUCUCUACUUAGGAAUAAAAAGUGUCUCAGAUGUAAAACAAGGGUUGACAUGUUGGAGUUUAUACUCCCGUGUGUACAUACACUCCACAUGUUUCUGUAUAUGGUUGAGCUACUCCCCCAAACCGUGAUAAUCAAAGCUGAACUUUGUAUACCCUAAUCUCUUAAAUUUGUGAAUAAAAGUCUCAUGGUUCGAUGGAAAGUAGUCAACACAAAACUUCUAAAUCUUUUAAGAAAAAUCUCUGUAGUUGCACAAAUAGCUUACUUUAUUUACGCCAAAGUUUACAUUUUGGAAAUUUAAUUUUGAUAGUGCUAAGAUUUUAUGAACAUAAGGAAUCAAGUGUGUCUGUUUAUUAACAUAACUUCUUCAGGGCCCUAUUCAAGAAAGAAAUCUUAGCGCGAAGACUAUCAUAGAGCCAUACUGUAAGAUAGACAUAUGCCAAUCGUAGCACUAAGAUCGCUCUGUGGAAAGUGGCUCAGCAUUAUAUUCACUAUUUGUCUGUCAACUCUGUAUUUGCCCGUUCUAACUAUCAGCUGUUUUUACAGGAUUACUUCAAUGUUUUAUAUAUUUGUAGCUUCCAGUGAAAAUUAUUUUGUCUAUAGAGAUGAUUUUUUUAUAUUUUAUUUGUUUACGUGUGCAUUUGUAUUGAUAUUACCAGCUUGGCCAAGAUCAAACCUAUUUAUCAUAUAUUUAUGUCAUCAUCAAGACAACUUGUACAAGGGAUUCUCCAAACUGACAUCUAAUACUCUCCCAUACUCACCAGUACUUUUCACUGUGUGCUAUAGAUACGCUAGCUGAGAAACAUAUUGACAAACAUUUAGCAGAAGGGACAUUCUAUGAGGCAGGACCAGUUUAUUUUGUUUAGUGGAUGAGGUUUACUGCAAAGAUAAAGACCCAAUUAAUUUACAAAUGUAGUGUUUGCUUGAAAAAUAGGACUUUUAACAACUUUUUAACUUUGCUCAAGUUGGCAUUUUGACCAGAAAAAUCACCUAAACAAGAAAUUGUAUCAAUCUGGCCUAUUUAUUAAAAUAUAGUUCGUGAUUCAUGAAUGGGAUCUUUGUACAGGUUGUCAUUCCUUGGUUGUGUUUCUAGUCGAGACCUCUGCUCUUUAGAUUAGUACCUCCCCUAGUGAGAAAUGUGAUACUUGUUUGUUUCAACACGGAGAAAUAGGUUGUAGUGUAUGAUGCUUGGCACUGGUGUUGAGCCUGUCGUGAUCAGUGUGACGAGGAUGCUGUUUCCAGUAAGAGAUACCCUGUUUAGGGUGGUGGGGAGGAUGGACCUGUGAUCCCCGAUGGCACUUCUCACUGACCCUGUACCUGCUGGUCCUAGGUACAAAUCCCAAAUUGAACCCGAUUAUGUUCCUUGGUCUGUCAGCACCGAUUCCUUGCUUGUGGAUUUCACCAUUGUGGUAAAUGGCCUGCUGUAUUUUGGGCUCUCCUUUCACUUCAAGCUUCGACCAGCUUCAGCAGCAUUCACUCAUGCUAUUGUGCAUCAUUGUCAGUGCUUGUUGAAUACUAAGUUGUUGAAAGAAUGAGGGAAUUAGGAUGUGUUCAUCAUGACAAGCUCGAAUCAGCCAAACACCAGCAACAUCGAUCUCAAUCUGUUCAACAUUCAUCAGACCAAAGAAACAGAUUUCAUAUUCCAGAAUAAGGUGAAUGUUUUGUGAAAUUAUCACCAGGUACAUGUAUCAACUGUCCAUAUAUACACAAUUGUUUUCACAUUUUGAUCAUUGGCUCUGAUUUUGUAUGUAAUUUGUACCCAGAUUUAACUUAUAACAAAUACUACACAGAAUGUCGUUAAGAGAAAAGGGGCAGCUAUACUUGGGAACCUAUAGGGUUGCUUCACUUGCCUGUUCCAUGCCAGAGAGGACAGUGAAUGCUGUGAGAUAUUUUAUGAGUGUUUCAAUGAAUGUUGCAUUGUCAUGAAAGUUUGUUUCAGCAAGGAAUAUUUGUUCAGCAAGGUUUGUAUCAGUAGAAAAAGGAUUUUAAACAGCAUCAGUGUCUUACAGCAACCCCAAAGUGCCUAAUGUAGAUAGUCUGUGUUAACUUAUAUUCUUUCAACAAGAUGAACCUAUGCUAUGUGCAGGAUAUUGUAGAUAACACUGAUAGAGCUACUGACUCUGUAUAUAUGCUUAGGACAAAUUUAUGGCUACAGUGAUGUGCUAAACAUUUGGUAUUUGGGUUUGGAUUCAUUUACCCUUAAGACUGCAUGCUGCAAUGGAAAAAGAUUUUUGUUUUGAGUAAUAAAUGUGUAUGGGUUUUUAGAAUAUCAAAACCAACAAUUUGAGUACCUUUCUUGAAACAUUCAAAUCGAAAUCCUAUGUUUACCAAUCUAGAAUAAAGAUUUUGUAUAAAUUUAAAAAAACUUGAAAAAAUAUACUUUUGUUUUAGAAAAAAUAAGUUAUGUUGUUUAUAUAGAAGGUUGUUCCUUACAUAUCAGGAUGUACAUCCCCAUUCAAUAAAUAUUCCUUAGUGAGGAGGCUACUUCAGUUUUAGGAGCAUUUGCAGUCUUAGGGUAGUAUCUUCUGUUGAAAUGGUAAACAUUUAAAAAUAUUCUAUUGUAUUUCCUUUGUUAAACUGCAUUGAAAGGAGAUGAAAUUUUGGCUCAGACAAAUAUUGACUGUACUGUAGGAAGCAGAGUAUUGACCAUGUUGUACAGUCAUGUAAUUGUGAGGUAACUUGUACCAGAUUAAGACAGGCUUUGAAAAAACAAUGUUGUCUUUGAGAAAGUAGUUUGAGAAUGAUAAUCUGUGAUAACAAAUUACUGCUUGAGAAAAUACAAGAAUUCUAAUGAUGGAGUUAGGAUUGUUAACUCUUGCGUUAUUGGUACUUAAGGAACAAUGUAGACAUGCCACCUUCAAGAUGUAAGUUUGUUUGUCUUUUGUACUAAAUGGACUUAUAUCAGUAUAUUAGAAUAUGGUGUGGGUUUGAAUCACAGUUCGCCCCGAUUAUGUUUCUAGGUUUGUCAGCACCAUACAUACUCUUGCUUGUGGGUUUCACCAAAGUGGUUAAGUCUUAGACAUGCAUCACUUGGGGCUUUCCUCCCACAGUAAGCUGACAUGCCCUGUUGUAACUGGAAUACUGUUUACAGCAGCAUUAAAAUCUACUCACUCAUAGGAGGCUGCAGUCAGGGCUGUUUCUAGGAGGGGGAGGGUUUUUCCACAGGAUGGAGGCAAUUAUGACACAAAAUCCUCCUAAUCUUGACAAAUGGUAUCACGUUCCUGUGACAAAAGCAUGUAUUAAAGCACUGGGCCUUACCACAAUUGAACUAGAGAAUGUGUAUACAGCAAAACCUUAUUCAAUCUCAAUUAUUCCUGGUACUCCUUUUUUCAGCAAAAUCAUCCAGACUAUAUAAGUUCUGUAUGCAUUUUAAUAUCACUUUGGUUAGAACUAGACCUUCCAAUUGUCCAGAAAGCAGAGUUUCACUGUUCCAGAUGUGUGAAGCUGGGGGCAUGCAUAUUGGCUGUCUUGUAGAUUGAUCAGUUAGGUUGUUGUGAAGGGUGGACAGUUCCAGUGUUUAAUGUUAUGAAGCAGAUGAUGUUGAGAUGGAUUUUCCUGUGUAAAUAUGGUGACUAUAAGGGGCUGUCCACUAAACAGAGGGUUUGUGCAAUGUAGCUAUGCGCUCACAGACCAUUGUCAAUAUGAUUUCAUUGUAAUAAAAAUCCCUUCUUUGUUA